UGGUAUUGGUCCGAGGAACUGUUCAGAAUUUUAACUGGAAACGGCGGCGGUAGUAUUGUGUUUAUAUUUAAAGAUGGGAGAAAGAAUCGGUUUGUGUCUGUUUAGAAAAUAAACCGCUGUAAUAUUUUAACCUGUUUCAGUUUAGCUACAUGUAGUCACUUUUAUCAUUGUAGGGACAGACAACAGACGACAAAUCUUCAUAAAUAAAGUGUAACGUGCUUCCCAUAACCAUGCAGUUUGACGGCAGCGUGAGGCGCUUCGCACAAGCUAAUCCAAAGGGUAUUAAAUCCACGACGAAACCGGUUGCCAAGCAGAACUCGUCGUUCGCCGCGAAGAUCAAGACAAAGAUCCAAAAUACGUCAUCCUUCUUCAAGGUCUCGCUGAAGACCAAUAACAAGGCCCUGGCCCUCGCCCUAGUGGCCCAGAAGGAGAAGAGUCGGCUGCUGGAAACGGAGACGGUUCGGCUGCGGAAAGAAGUCCAGGCUCUGUGCUUUGACCUCGCGCACCGUCGGCAUAAGCACAACCAGCUGGUCAGACUUUUGAGGGAUCAUCAAGCAAGAGCCUUGAACAGCCUGGUAGCUGCUGUGGACCUGCUCUCCUCUGAAGAUGUCUCCAUUGGUGCAAAUGAAGAAAUAAACGAGAAAUCUCCUCCAGACCCUGAAGAUGCUAUCGUGGAGCUGGGGAGCAAAGUGUGCAGGGUGCCGGUCCUGCCUGCGCAAACUGGAAACACUGCGUGCCCUUCGCCAAAGGAACCAACCGGGGAACCCAGCAGAUCCCCCAGAGACCAAUCGAGGAACCCCUCAGUGGAGAUCCACGCACAGCCCAGCACUGCCACUCUUCCCAGUGUCCAGGCGUCCAUCGGAAGUGCGUGUAAUGAGGAGGACACAGAGACUGCAGAAAGGAUCCCGUCUCUCCCAGAAACAGUUCCCCGCCCGUCCACCGGCUUGCAGCUGCAGUUAGAUAAGUGGACCCGGUUCUACUCGGAUACUCUGCUGGAGUCAGAAACCUUCCCAGAAUCCCUUGCUGUGAAUUCAGUGCCCUCGGUGGAGCCUGUGGCGGAGCUGGCUUCGGUGGAGCCGAGGGGGCUGGCCGGCAGCCCAAGGGGGGGGUCCGCACGUCCAGAGAGGACCAGCCUCUUUGAAACGGAGAUGGAGAUCACACUUGGCGACACGGCGGCAAAAAUAGUCACCGUGGAGACCAAACCCAGGAAGAGCAGGAAAGAGGGCGUGGCCAAGUCGAGGAAGGCGGUCGUGCAGGCGGUCGGCAGUCAUUCUCCAGGUAAGGAAGAGAGGAAGACGAAGAAGAAGAAGGAAAGCAGCUCCGUUCGCAGCGAAGAGACUGAGAGCGCAAAUGCCCCUCCCACUCAGGGGCGGAGCAUGAUUCCGAGACCCGCCUCCCGCCUGCCUCCCGGUCCCACCCGCCCCGCUGAAGAGGAGGAGCCCGCGGGCGGAGACGCGGACUGGUUCGCGGCUCGCCGGAACGCUCACGUCACCUCCCGCAACGCGAAACACCGUCGGGACACCCGCGACGCCCCGAAACCCGCCGGAGCCGUCCCGGGGGAGCCGAACCUGAGGAAGACGUUCGUCGUCUCCCUCGGCAACGGCUGUACGAAGGCCGGAUCCGUAACCUUGCUGAACGCUGACCGUUUCAGAAAUACUAAAACUCGCGAGUCAGACGACUAUUUCAGAAAUACUGAAACUCACGAAUUGGAAGACUAUUCCAGAAAUACUGAAACUCGCGAGUCAGACGACUAUUUCAGAAAGACUGAAACUCGCGAGUCAGAAGACUAUUCCAGAAAUGCUGAAACUCACGAAUCAGACGACUAUUUCAGAAAUGCUGAAACUCGCGAGUCAGACGACUAUUCCAGAAAUACUGAAACUCGCGAAUCAGAGGACUAUUUCAGCAAAACUGAAACUCACAAAUCAGACGACUAUUCCAGAAAUACUGAAACUCGCGAGUCAGAAGACUAUUUCAGCAAAACUGAAACUCGUGAAUCAGACGACUAUUUCAGCAAAACUGAAACUCGUGAAUCAGACGACUAUUUCAGCAAAACUGAAACUCGCGACUCGGAACGCAAGGCUAUGGAAAUGCCCGGGGACACGGAUACCGGGGGGGCUGAAGGGCUGAAAGGGAAGAGCAGGAAGACUUACUUCAUCUCCACGGCAGAGAGCGGUUCGGCCGUGAGCAGGAAAACGUACGUGAUCCCGCACGACGGCAAGCCGGGCCGCGCGUCCGCGAAGUGCCGGAGGACCAAAGCUCUUCCCGCGAGCGCGGAAAACGAACCUGCCAUCGAGGAGCGCGGCGUUGGCGACCUGGGCCACGCCGAGGAACCGGCGAUAGCUGAAACGAGCACGUUAGAACUCCACAUCGGACCGCCCCGGGACCCCCAGCCUGGCUUGGCGGGAAAACGCAAGGGGUCGUUCUUGGAGGGGCCCCUGGCCCCCGGCGCGGGCCCGGCGGGGGACCCUGGUGACCCGGACGGUCCCGUUGCGGAGGACGACGCUCCCUGGGAGACCCCGAAUCCGCCGUUCGUCGUCACGGAGGAACCCAAACCCAAGAGGUGCAAGAAGGAGAGCGGCGCCCGGGAGGGGAAGAAGGAGAGAAAACGGAGGGAUGACACCUGCCCUCAGGGGAAGAAGAGGAGGAAGAAGAAGAGGAGGAGCAGCGGCGGCGGUCACGAAGAGCGAGACCUCGACGCGGACGUCCCGGCCUCGUGGGGGGCCGGCGAGACCCGUAGGCCGGCCCCCGGACCGGAGCCAGAGGAACUGUGGGCGGAGCAACCGGAACACUGGGGCAUAAUUACAGAGCACGUGACGGCACGUGGAAAGAGCAGCUUAAGGAAGACCGACGUCGUCUCUCCGGGCGGGUAUGGAGGCCGUAACUCGGUCGACUCUGCGGUCAGCGCUCGACCGCUUGCAUUUCCUGCUCCGGAGGAAGAGAGCGAAGGAGCCGGAAAAGGCGUGACUUCCGCCCUCGCGCCCGCGGAUUCCAACGGCGAGGAGAACAAGGAGAACGAGGCCGGUCCCGGCGCCGCUGCGGCUCGGAGCGGAGCGCUGAAGAGGAGCGGGUCCUGGGAGCCGGACGUCCCGGUCGGCCCGGAAGAGGCCGCCGCCCCCGCGCCUCAGAGCCGUCCUGCGGCGGACAGGAAGUCGUCCGCGGUCCCGGACCGCCACGCGCGCGGGGCCCCCGCGUCCGCGAGGGGCCCGAGGAGCAGGGCGCCCCCCAGCAGGAGGGGCUCGGAGUGGGAGAGGGAGGCGCGCGCUGGGGAGGUCCCGGCUGGCACGGGCUCCCCGGAGGGGGCGCGGGAGAGUCUCAAAAGGCUGAUCAUGGGCGAGAGGCCCCCCUGGGAGCUGCUGGAGGACACGGGCGCCUCCUUCCCCGAGUGGGACGUCCCAUCGGAGACGCCUACCCCCAGCCCUCUUUCGAAGCCGACGCCCGGUAGGAUGACCGUCUAUGAGGAGCAGUUGGACAGAGUACCAGAGAGCUCUCCAGGGGUCAGAGCACUGAAGAGCUGUACCAACACGGCUGUUAUGAUGGACCCGGAGCAGGGAAGGGUGCGGAGACGUGGGAAAGCUGCUGUUUCCUACAAGGAACCGUCCAUCAACUGCAAAAUGAGGCGUGGAGAUAAAUUCAGUGACACAAAGUUCCUGAGUUCUCCGAUAUUCAAAGAGAAGAAGAAGAAGAAAGUGCAGGCUCACAAGCUGGAGAUUCAUACGGGGCAUCAUUUUAACAUGGAUGACAUGGAUUGAAUUCUGUCUUUCUUUUCAUCCUCAUAAUUUAAUUUUACAUAAUUGCUUUUCCCGUGUUAUACUUUGUAUUUUACACCGACUUUUAUUGAAUAAAGUCUUUCCCAGUUUAAAAUA